GUCCGGAAUUUAACCAAUCAGAUUUGUGUGGCAAUUUUAAAAUGAAUGUUGUUGUUGACAGGUGCUUGUUCUUUUAUUUAACGAUGAUACUAUAAUACGAUCACACAGUAACAUGGAUUCAAGAAGUAGUCCAACAGAUAGAUCAGUUCCAUACACUGGACCUUACAGAGCGACGAAAUUAUGGAAUGAAGUAAUUGUGACCUUUAGAAAUGGCAUGCCUCUGGGUAGACACAGGAGAUAUAUGAAGACCUAUGAUAAUUGCUUUUCAUCAUCUGAGGCAGUUGAUUGGCUACAUGAUUAUCUAAAAUCUAAUAAAAAUUUUGGUGCAGAUGUAACCAGAGCACAGACUAUACAGUUGUUGCAGAAACUACACCGAGCCAGAGUUGUUGAGGAUAUAAGAGGAGGAAAACACAACAGAGCAGAUGUUUGUGACAAUAACAGACUCUUUAGAUUUGUGCAUGCAUCACCACAUCGACAAGUUCACGCUCGCACACCACUUACAAACAGGCAUGACUUAAUCAAUAAGGACCAGGGUCCAAUAACCCUGGACCUUGAUCAUGAAAAACCAGCACAGAUGUCACCCAUUAAAGUUUUACCAGAUUGUCACCUUGUAGCAAAACAACUGAAUGCUGCUGAUGUUGAGGAUGCAUGGAAGAACAUGACUCUUGACAGGUUGCAGGAAGUUCUGGGGAUAGAAGACAUGUCUGAAAUUUUAGACAGCAACUUUGUCAAUGGCAAACAUGUGAUGCACAACUGUUUAUAUAUCAACAAAAGUGGAAUUGUUACUAACAUUGAACCAAAAGAUCAGCUUCCACAUUGGGCUUUGUCUGCAAUGAAAUGUUUAGCUCACUGGCCUGAGAAAGUUGACGAUAAUUUACCAAGUUACCCAGGAUUUGAGAAGGAUGUGUUUCGUGUAGUUAGAGAUUAUUUCUGUGGACUUUCAGAACCAUUGUUGACUUAUGAGAUGUAUGAAGUAAUACUCAAUGUAUUUGUGACUGCAGAAGGAUUAAUACAAGGAGACUGUGAUAAUGAAUCAGACAUUCCAGAUGAGAUGUAUUCACCCAAUCAAAGAAGUAUAUCUUCUUUUGAAUCGGUAGAAAAUCUGUUAAUGAAUUUAACCAGUGUUGGAAGUACUCCUGAUGUUAAGUCCGGUAAAGGUUUACCACGAGUAUCAAGUACAUCUGUACUAGAACUAUCACCAAUUUACCCUGAUCAUGUUUUUGAACAAAAACGCAGAAAAAGUACAUCUAGCCUCACUACACCAGUAGCUGCCAAAUAUGAAACUGCAUUUGGACCAGAAAAUAGAACAGUAACGAGAGUUUACUUAAAUAAAGGUGGAGUUCAGACUGAAUAUGGGUAUACCAAUGGACCAGAAGAAUUGUCAAAAACACCAAUAGAAACCCAUUUUAAAUCAGCACAGGAUGUUCCACCUUAUGUUUCUAAUUCAGAACAUUGUUAUGAUUCUUAUGAUAUAAAUUUUGCUCAUGUGAGAUCAAUGCGCAAGAAAAAAUCUGAACCUUGUAAAAAUGCAAUAGAUAAAUAUAGACGACAAAGUAGUUCAGAAAACAAUCCACCACACUGUAAUAAUAAACCUGAAAGUAUUAAAUCAAACCAAUAUACAAAAAAUAAGCAUUACCUUCCUGCAAGAAGGAGUUACAGUGACUCGUCUAGUCAGUCCGAGAUAAAUCGUCCAGCUCCUGAAUAUGUCAGUCCACCAGCCUACCAUUCACUGUUUCCUGACGGUUACAAACCUGUCAUUGAUGGUAGAGCAUCACGUAAAUUAUUGAACCGAUCUAUAUCAAGUCAGGCUUUACAUAUGCUGAGAGCAUUGUCUUUUGAGGAUGAGGAAUGCCAGCAUGGUUUAAAUCACCAGGCAUAUACCGGUACUCAAACGUUGGGGAGAAUGAAAGGCAGGAGGUCUCUAGAUAACAUGUGUAGUCAUGGUAGUCAGACAUUAAAUAGAAGACCUAGUCAAGGAGCUCUAAAUAAGUGUCAAAAUAGUCAGUCAGAUAUACGAAGUCAAGGUCAUAGUCAGUCAGAUUUACAAAGUCAAGGAUCCUUGAACAGUUGUACAGACAAGUUACAUAGGAUGGCAAGCAAAGAAUCUUUAACUGGACGCAGUUUGAGUUUGUCAGAUUUGAUGCAUGCUGAAUCUAAAACAAAUCUUAGAAGAGCUUGUAGUGAUGCAGGACAAGUUGAGAACAUCAUAGAAAGAAUAAAAAAAUCGUUACAGUUGGUUUUCUUGUUGGUACCGCCACCAAACAGAAGAAAGUUACAUCUAUUGCUGAAGCUCAUGAACAAGAUGUUUAAUAAUACAAAACUACAGUUAGAUAGUGCACAGAAUACAAGAACCUUGUUACUGGAGACAUUUUACCGAUCUAUUUUGAGUUGUCAAGAUGAGGCUGACAUGGAAGACUUAUUGGUAAUGAGAAUUGUCUCAUUCUUAAUAGACCAUGGUGUAGACAUUAUGUUAGUGCCAAAAGAUUUAAAAUCAACAGUGGAAGAUAAAUUAGCUAAUAUGACAAAAACACAGAUUGUGUACUCACGUGACGUAUUUUCGUCAUUCAAUUAUUGCAAACAGGUGAGCAAAGAGGAUUACGAGGUACAGAGAAUGAGCAGUUCCCAGAAGGCUUUAGAAGAAUUACUCGAGGAAAUUAUCAAUGAUAGGACAAUGUCAGCUGCCAGGAGGAAACAAAGACUGAAAAAGUUUGAGAAGACAUACCCUGAUAUUUUUGCCAAGAAGUUUGCUACAUUCGAACAGAAGAAAGAUGUCAAAGAAGAUAAACCAAAGAUCAAACAACCACUGCUGAUCAGACCAUUGAUGACAAAACUUAGAGGACUUAGAAUUUAGUCUAUGUAAAUGAUCAGGAACUGCAUAUAUGGUGCUAGUUUUAAAUGUGCAGUCCUUAAUCAGGGUUGCAAAUAUUUUUAAAUUUACAUAACUGUUAUGAAUCAGGUUCUAUCAAAACAGAAUUUGUCGUUUCGGAAUCAAAUGGGUGUAAUUUUCCAAAGUGUACACCAAAACCUUGUGAUUGGUCAAAAACAUUCUGAACAAUGGAAAUUCAACCAAUGAAGUAACAUUAUUUUCAUUUUGGUGUACACAUCUUACCCAUAGUCCUUAAGAUUCAUAAAAAGUGAAUUGAAUCUGCGUUUAUUACUGUAUAUCCUGACCAGCUAACAAUAUUAUGAGAUUAAUAGGGAUAGAUGGGUAAAUCAAUGAUGUGUUUGUUAUAGGCAGUUUCAUCAGUGCUUUUUAAGCAUUCAAGUGAAACAGAAAUAAAAAUAAAAUGUAUUAUUUACUCUGGUGCAGUAAAAUUUAUUUAAUGUUAUAAGAAGAGAAAUGCCCUUUAUCUAUGUUAACCACCGACAUCAAUUAAUGUGAUUCCUCUGUAUGUUAUAGUUAAAUUUUACAAACAAUAAUCAAAAUCUGAACUAAUAAGUUAACUUUAUAUUUAUCAUAUUAUAUUUUUUUGUAUUAAUUGAUAAUUCUUUUAAUAGUUAGUCUUUAUUUUUGAUAAUCAUGUUAUGAUCAGCUAUUUUCAAUUUAGAAAAUUACUAACAUAUUCUGAUUAUAUAAUAUAUCAUUCUCAAUUGAACCAUAAUGCUUUAAAAUUAGAAAAUUUAAUACCAAAAUAAAUCAGGUAUGGUAAGUUUUUUUUCUCAUUUGAAUUGCUUUAUAUUUUUUUUGUUUUAAACCCUUUAAACAUGCAGUAUUGGUUUUGCUCAUUGUUGAAGGCUGUUUGAAGACAGCUGCUUACCUUCUAUACCAUUUAGUCUCUAGUGGAGAGUUGUCUCAUUGAUAAUCAUUCCAUUUCUUUUUAUUUCUUUAAGAAAAGGGAAAGUGUUGUUUUUGUUACAAAUUGUUAAAGACAUCUUAUCCAAUAAAUAAGUUCUAAAAUUUUGUCUUUAGAAUGGUUAAGGUAUAAUUUUCUGUAAAAAUAUUCAAACCUUGAAAAUGAAUACACUCUGUCCUUUAUUUUGAUAUACAGAUAAUUGUUUUUCACCCUUGGUAGUUAACUUUUGAUAUUA